AGCACCAGACUCCAUAAGGGUGCUGCGAAUCCACAAUGCACAGCCAGAGUCGCCAGUUCCUGCAAAGCCCACGGCUGCCUCUCUCUGUCUGCAGGGCAAAACUGUAAAGAGCGAUGGCUUGUUUUACACCGUGCUACGCCUCCUCAAGCGGCUCUGGCCCAUCAGCAUCAUGGUACGGGCAUACCACGGGGUGCGGUGGCUGCUCGGCGUCCCCUUUCAGAGGAGCUGCUCCACUCCGGCGCGUGUGAGCCUAUCGGGCCGGAAGCGUCUGAGCCGGUUCACGCGCGUCCUGCUGGUCGUGCUCCCUAAUCGCGUGCAGGCCGCGCUGGGCUACCCGGUCUCGAGCAGCAUCGGGUGCUCGCUGUCCCCAGAAGUGAGAGUCUCUCCUACCAAACCUUAUGGGAAGGGUAGUAAGAGGAAGCAGGAUGACUUGGAUGAGGAAGAAGAGGAGCAGCAGACUGUGUUGGAGAUCCUCACUCAGGAGCUGGCUGUAUCUGAAGACUCUGAAGAGGACCCAGACUAUGAGCCUAGUCCUGUGGAAUCUGACACUGAGGAAUACGGCUCUCACAACAACACGGAGAGUGACUUUGAAGUUUCGGAGAAAGGCAUGGUCAUUAUUAAAGACCUAGAAACGGAUGUUUUUACUGUCCAUUCCAACUGAUGUGGUGUCCUGCAUUUUUGAGCUGGGAUUUUUGUCAUUUCCAUAUAAUUUUGUAAGUUUAUAAUUCAAUAAAUGUUC